AUGCUAAGUAACCUUACUCUAAAGGUGCCCUUCUACAUUUCUGAUUCUUCAGCUUGCAAGAUUCACAAAGCUAAAGCAAAGGCUAAAGCAAAGGCUAAGGCAAAAUCUAAAGAAGAUGCUAAUGCACAGGCUAAAGAAGAUGCUAAAGAAGAUGCUAAUGCACAGCCUAAAGAAGAUGCUAAUGCACAGGCUAAAGAAGAUGCUAAAGAAGAUGCUAAUACACAGGCUAAAGAAGAUGCUAAUGCACAGGCUAAAGAAGAUGCUAAAGAAGAUGCUAAUGCACAGGCUAAAGAAGAUGCUAAUGCACAGGCUAAAGAAGAUGCUAAUGCACAGGCUAAUGAAGAUGCUAAUGCACAGCCUAAAGAAGAUGCUAAUGCACAGGCUAAAGAAGAUGCUAAUGCACAGACUAAAGAAGAUGCUAAUGCACAGGCUAAAGAAGAUACUAAUGCACAGCCUAAAGAAGAUGCUAAUACACAGGCUAAUGAAGAUGCUAAUGCACAGGCUAAUGAAGAUGCUAAUGCACAGGCUAAAGAAGAUGCUAAUGCACAGACUAAAGAAGAUGCUAAUGCACAGCCUAAAGAAGAUGCUAAUGCACAGCCUAAAGAAGAUACUAAUACACAGGCUAAUGAAGAUGCUAAUGCACAGGCUAAUGAAGAUGCUAAUGCACAGGCUAAAGAAGAUGCUAAUGCACAGACUAAAGAAGAUGCUAAUGCACAGGCUAAUGAAGAUGCUAAUGCACAGGCUAAAGAAGAUACUAAUACACAGGCUAAUGAAGAUACUAAUACACAGGCUAAUGAAGAUGCUAAUGCACAGGCUAAUGAAGAUGCUAAUGCACAGGCUAACGAAGAUGCUAAUGCACAGACUAAAGAAGAUGCUAAUGCAUAG